UCAUGUACUUUUUGUGAAAUUSACAAAAGUAAUUGAUUUUUGGUGUAAAUUAUGUUAUUUARCACAAUKCUAGUCUURCAGACAUGCUAAGUAGCGUGUCAAGAAAGCGCAACAAUGGAAUCGACAGCUGAUUUUGAGUUCAGCUUCACAUCRUCGCUAGAAUCACUCGCACAAUGUUGCAGCGAAGUGUUGAGCAAAAGACUUUCUCAUUUUGUCAAACUCAAGACAUGGCAAACUCAAGAUAAACAAGCUCUUCUMCAAGUGCUGUCAGAGUUCAUCCUUGAAGAAGAAUCAGCGUUAUUAAUCACCAAGUUUUUCAGGCCUAUAACUGUAGAAAUCUUACAAAGAUACUUUCAUUUUAUACAAGGAAAGGAUGAACAUCUAAGAGAAGAAUAUAAUGAAAACUUUUUCUAUAUUAUUAGUAUAUUAUUACCAAUUGUACCCCAUAUACAGAGCUUUAUAUUGGAAUAUUUAACUUUUAUUAAACCAUUUUAUGCCCGAUUGGAGAGUAACUUGCAAGAUAAUCCUAAAGUCCUUACCAUUACAAGAACAGCAUAUAAUUUCUUGCGUCAUGAUUAUAAUACAUUUAUUGAUGUAUGGGAAUGGAAUGUGUUCUUCCAACUGCUUGAACAUGCUGACAUAAAUGUAAGGUGGCUGGCUACCAAUAUUGUUGCUAUGGUAACACAAAUGAGUGACCAUAACAAGAUGACAAUGAUAAAGAACUCAUUUACCGUUGACGAAAUAAAUAAACUUACUGUUGAAAUGGAUGCAGAUCAUUCAAGAUAUCAGUCUUCGGUACAUAAUGAUGAGAACUGUAAUAAACUGGCUGUAGAUGUUACUAUGGAAACCAUUACAGCWCAAUGCAAUGUUACCUUCACUGAGGAUGAUUUUACUGAGAGCCAUGUUGCAAUAUCAGGCGUAAUUCUUCCUAUUGCKCCUAAUUGUCCUAAUGAAGUGUUGGUAGACACUCUUGUAAAGGUUCCAUCAACAAAGAGGAACCUUCAUUCAUUGGCUCUUGCUAUAGCAACAGGUUCUGGGGUGUUGUUGGAAGGACCAGUWGGUUCUGGAAAGACCUGUCUUGUUGAGUAUAUAGCCGCAAUGACAGGAAGGAUAUCUGCACCAUCAUUGAYGAAGGUUCAACUUGGGGAUCAGACAGACAGCAAGUCUCUACUGGGCACAUAUGUAUGCACUGACACACCCGGCGAGUUUCUAUGGCAACCAGGGACAYUAUUACAAGCGGUCCAAGGUGGACACUGGGUUUUGCUAGAAGACAUUGACUAUGCCCCCAUGGAUGUUGUGUCUGUCUUGAUACCACUUCUAGAGUCCAGGACACUGUCUGUUCCUGGACAUGGUAAUGCUGUGAAAGCUGCUCCUGGAUUCCAACUUUUYGCCACUCAAAGAACUCACAGUCAUAGUGGAUCUGCACUUCAUGUUCAUUCCAACUCUGCCAUAUUGGACAGGUUAUGGACUAGGGUYAAUGUGGAACCUUUGAAUAAAGAAGAACUUUCUCAGGUUAUCUCCAAAAAGUUCUCAGAUUUGGCUUCUGUUUCUCAMAAACUCAUUGAUGUGUACAGUUUGGUGUCAUCRGACACACAGCUUGUCUCUGAUUCAGACAUCUCUYUUUCRUCAUUAUCACAUGACAAACGACAAAGUACAACAAGGGACCUUAUGAAAUGGACUUCUAGAGUUGCUGAAUCUCCUGUCAAUGGACCUUUUUUUGCUGAAGCAAAAGAUGUAUUCCUUGAAGCACAGGAUUGCUUUGGAGCAACUUUAUCUAAAGCUGAACASAGGCUUGAACUUGGGAUGGCAAUAGGAGCCAAACUAGGAAUCACYAAAGAAAAAGUYGAGUUUUUCUGCAAGAACUACAAACCGAAAGUCCAACUUUCUUACCAUUCUGUUACAGUUGGACGUGUCUUAUUGCCAAGACRUUUUGAAACWGGUCAUUCAACAAGASASACWGCUAUUAACUUUGCACACACAAGGCACUCUCUUGUUCUUCUUGAGAGAGUUGCAGUGUGUAUUAAACAAGAAGAACCAGUGCUGUUAGUAGGAGAAACUGGUWCAGGAAAGACAUCCUCAGURCAGAACCUUGCAGCCAUGUGUGGUCACAACUUGAAAGUCAUUAACAUGAGUCAACAGAGUGACAGCUCUGACUUGCUUGGUGGCUUUAAACCUGUUGAGAUGAAGCAACUUGUAGGGCCUGUUAGGGAAACAUUUGAAGAACUCUUCUGUCAGACUUUUUCCCGUAAACAAAAUGUGAAAUAUCUUAGUCAUAUUCAGCAAUGCUUUGCUAAAGGGCAGUGGGAAAUGUUGUUUAAACUGAUGAUGCAUUCAUACAAGGCUGCUAUGCAUAGAAUAGAAAAGGSUGACAAUGAAAUCUCAAGUCAAGGCCUAUGCACAAAAUGGGAAGCAAUAUCUCACAAGAUUGARCAUCUAAAGAAGCAACAGAAGCAUGCCGAAAGUACUCUCRCAUUUCAGUUUGUUGAAGGAACUCUUGUCAAAGCCAUCCGUGAUGGAGACUGGAUAUUGUUAGAUGAGAUCAACCUUGCAACACCUGAAACUUUAGAGUGUUUGGGCGGCUUGCUGGAGAGCCGUUGUGGUUCUGUAGUACUCUUAGAAAGAGGUGAUGUUAAACCUAUAGUAAGACAUCAAGGAUUCAGGUUAUUUGCUUGCAUGAAUCCUGCUACAGAUGUAGGCAAAAAGGAUCUACCACUAGGCAUUAGAAACAGAUUCACAGAAAUCUUUGUGGAUGAACUCAAUGAUGUCAAUGACUUGAAAACUCUGGUUGUGGACUAUCUUCAGGGUUUGUCACCGGCAGCUGCUAUUGUUGAUGGCAUUGUAAGAUUCUACUUAACUGCAAGACUUGAAGCCAAUGACAAGCUGACAGAUGGAACAGGGCACAAGCCWCAUUACAGUUUGAGAACACUCUGCAGAGCUCUACGAUAUGCAUCAAGCAAUCCACAUGGUAAUGUGCUGAGAUCUAUUUAUGAAGGCUUUUGUCUGAGUUUCCUAACACAGCUUGAUCGUUCAUCUCAUCCUGUGGUUGAAUCCCUUAUAAGGAAAAAUAUCCUUGGUCAUGUGAAUGCUACAAGCCUUAUCAACCAGCCWCUACCUUGUCCUGGGAAUAACAACAAACAGUUUGUCAACUUUGAAGGCUUUUGGAUAAAUGUUGGUGAGAAAGAAACUGUUAUACCAGCUCAUUAUGUCCUUACAGCAUCAGUGAAGGCAAAUCUKAGAGAUUURGCUAGAGUUGUCAGUGGAAGGACUUUCCCUGUGUUAUUACAAGGAGAGACAUCAGUUGGUAAGACCAGUCUGAUUCAGUGGUUAGCAAAUGCAUCAGGAAAUCACUGUGUACGUAUUAACAAUCACGAACACACYGACAUCCAGGARUACCUAGGCUGUUAUACMUCAGAUCAUGAUGGAAGACUGGUCUUCAAAGAAGGAGUCCUUGUCGAUGCAAUGAGAAAGGGUUAUUGGAUUAUACUUGAUGAAUUAAAUCUUGCUCCCACCGAUGUUUUAGAGGCUCUCAAUAGGUUGCUUGAUGACAACAGGGAGCUGUUUAUUGCCGAGACACAAGAAACAGUCAAAGCACACCCAAACUUCAUGUUGUUUGCAACUCAGAACCCUCCAGGACAGUAUGGAGGAAGAAAGGUGCUGUCCCGUGCCUUCAGAAAUCGUUUUGUUGAACUUCACUUUGAUGAAUUACCAAGCAAAGAACUAGAGCAAAUUCUUCAUCUCCGUGGUAACAUCCCCAUGUCUUAUGCCAAGAAAAUGGUAUCAGUUCUUCUUGACUUACAGUCACGUCGUCGUAGCUCAAGUGUCUUUGCUGGCAAACAAGGGUUCAUUACCCUGCGUGAUUUAUUCCGAUGGGCAGAGCGCUAUAGUAAGACGCCCGAUGUACCYGGCAGAUUUUACAACUGGGAACAACAUUUGGCGGAAGAUGGAUAUAUGCUGCUGGCAGGUAGAUGCAGAAACCCAGCUGAAUGCAGCGUUAUUCAAGAGGUUUUACAGAUUCACUUUAAGAGCAACAUUGAUCCAGUGAACAUGUUCACAAGUACACCAAGGCAGUCCAAUCUGCCGUUGUCUUCUAGUAAGAUACUAAAUCAAGCCACAAGUCAUCAGGUUGAUGGCUUUGGUCAUGUUGUCUGGACAAGAAACAUGAAAAGAUUGGCUGUUUUAGUKGGAAGAGCUUUAGAGUUUGGUGAACCUGUUCUGCUAGUUGGAGAAACUGGUUGUGGCAAAACUACAAUUUGUCAACUGUUCGCAGCCCUUAAAGAGCAACAACURUACUCAGUCAACUGUCACAUGCAYUCAGAGUCAWCAGAUUUCCUUGGUGGAUUACGACCAGUCAGAAGCCAUCACUUGGAAGAUCAGGAAGGAAAGCUACAAAAGUUCUUUGAAUGGUGUGAUGGUCCACUUGUCCUAGCCAUGAAAGAAGGAGCCAUGUUUCUCAUUGAUGAAAUCUCUCUGGCUGAUGAUUCUGUGCUUGAAAGACUGAAUAGUGUYUUAGAGCCUGAGAGAACGCUUGUKCUGGCUGAGAAGGGUAGUGAAGGAGGAGGUGUAAAUGACAAAGAUGUUGAUAUUAUUGUUGCUGAUGACAAAUUCAGGGUUGUGGCAACAAUGAAUCCUGGUGGAGACUUUGGCAAGAARGAGCUUUCUCCAGCCUUAAGGAACAGAUUCACAGAAAUCUGGUGCCCAUCCACGAACACUGACCAAGAUCUUGUUGAAAUCAUAGAGUAUAAUCUAACAUCAGGCAUUUCGUUCAAUACUACUCCUGAAGGUCACUCUGGAAUUGGUAAAGCUAUGGUAGAGUUCGUCAACUGGUUUCGUUCAACAGAUUUUGGGAGGAGGUUUGUAGUUAGUAUUAGAGAUUUGUUGUCAUGGGUACACUUUAUCAACACCUGCUGUCAAUCAACUGGUCACAUGACAUCACAUGAGSCUUCCCAUCAGCCAUCACUUCAUCCCACUAUUGGCUAUCUCCAUGGUGUUUGUCUUGUUUUCCUGGAUGCYCUUGGAGCUGGAUUGUCCAGUCUCCCAUCGGCUGGUAURCCACCACAGGAAGCCCGAGAAAUAUGCUUGGAUUUUCUUAGAAGUCAGGUGAAAUAUCUUGGUGUUGAUGAUGCAAUAAACCUGGACACAAAAGACUUGUCAUCUGAUGUUACUCAAGAUGUUUUUGGAAUUAAGCCAUUCUAUAUCCCAAAAGGCCCUUUGACAAUYCCACAUGACUUAAAGGGUACCUAUGCUCUAAAUGCACCCACAACAUCCCAGAAUGCACAGCGACUACUGCGUGCACUUCAGCUGUCAAGGCCCAUCCUAUUGGAAGGGUCACCAGGGGUUGGCAAGACUAGUUUAGUG